ACAAAAUCUAAAAACUGAAAAGGAUAAUAAUUGUAAUAAUUCGGUACAUAAUACUAUUAUUGCACACAUACAUACAGUAAGAAGCGAAUACAGUAAGGGGCGUUUCAGUAAGGGUUUACUUGGGGGCCGCUUAGUAUAGGGACUUCAAUGUCAAGCAAUUAGAGCACAAUAAAAGAGCAGUGGUUCACAUUUUUGAUGAUAAAGUUUCUCCAACAACGCGUUUUUGUGGCAUAUUUUAUUUUCGACUUCAAUACAUUGGACAGAGAAGCUGUCAUCAGCAUGGAAGUCCGUCGAAGGAAGCUUUCAGCUUACGAGCGUGUCGUUGGACUGUGUGAAAAACCCCCAGAUACUCCUUCAAGCGAAAUACUGGACAAAGAACUGUUCCAGGACAAAACUCGAAAGGAGAAGUUCUUUGAUGCUGUUUUAGCGUUGAUAAACAACCCCAUAUUUAACGGAAUCGUGAUCGCGGCCAUCUUGUUCAACAUGAUUGUCCUGAUUUUGUUGACAUAUCCUGAAUAUGCAGCCAGAUUUUCCUAUUUUUUCACCGUCUGCGACUCCUUUUUUCUGGGUGUGUACCAUGUGGAAGCCAUUGUUAAGCUGAUUGCACUGGGAAGGAACUACUUCAAAAACGGUUGGAAUCUGUUAGACUUUUUUAUUUUGCUCACGUCGUGGCUGGAUUUCCUGUUUCCUUUCUUUCUUGGAGCAUCGACACAAGCAACCAGGGUCCUUCGUGUAUUUCGAGCAAUGAGAGCAUUACGAGCGCUGCGGAUGCUACGAACAAUCGCAUUCCUACACAGUUUACAAACCAUCGUCAAUACUGUAUUUUCGUCAGUUUCCUCAAUGGUCGUUAUAUUAGUUCUGAUGCUCCUCUUCAUGUACAUGUUUGCCGUUAUGGGAAGACAGCUAUAUGCAGCGCCAUCACCAUAUUACUUUGGUGACCUUUUCCGAGCAGUUACCACACUGUUUCAGUUAUUGACCUUCGACAGCUGGUUCUACAUGUACGAUGACGUCACUCGAUCCGAUUCUAGUUAUUGGCACUUCAUUAUUUUCGCAAUAUCGUACACAUUAGUGGAAUAUUUUGUCUUCCUCAAUCUAUUUAUGGCGGUGCUAGUGGACAAUUUUCAAUCACAGCUGAAACAUGAUGACAUCACGGCUGAGGCUGACCUCGAAAUUGAGGAAUUCAUGAAGGAAAUCAAGACUGAAAAAGAUUCGGAGAAGGAUGAACAGGAAGAACAAAAUGGUACUGAAUGGCCAAGCGGUUAUUCCACUUCGCACUACAACCCGUAUUUGGAAGACUUUGGUCAUCGACCAAUGGAGGAGCGUAUCAUUUAUGUACAAUUCUACCGUUUGCUUUGUUCUUUGGACUAUCAUGCUUAUAUUCAGAAACAGAAUUAUUCGCUUAUGCACAAGCUGCUCGAUAAAUGUCAAGAUCCUAGGCUGCUACUUAAUAGUCAGUCUGAUCAUGAUUGAUCAGGAAAAGUAAAACGACAUGA